CCACCAUCAACCCCCCCCCCCCCCCCCCGGCGGUCACUAUAACUCGGCGGCGCCCAUGGCAGCGGGCCCCCAGCCCGGGCCACGGCCGAGCAUCCCGGCAGGUCAGCCUCCACCAGCAUGAUGGAGGAAGGGCCCCCCAACUCCAGCGAAGACCAGCAAGGCUGGUUCACGGCCAGGAACGGCAGCGGCAGCUCCUUGGACCUGGAGUCUGUGGUGCAACCCCUCGCCUUGAACCCGUGGGACGUCGUCCUCUGCAUCUCCGGGACCAUUAUCUCCUGUGAGAACGCCAUCGUGGUCGUGGUCAUCUUCUACACCCCGGCUUUCCGGGCUCCUAUGUUCCUCCUCAUCGGCAGCUUGGCCACCGCCGACCUCCUGGCCGGUUUGGGGUUGAUCCUGCAUUUUGCCUUUGUCUACUUCAUCCCGUCGGAAGCGGUCAGCCUGCUCACGGUUGGGCUUCUGGUCACCUCCUUCACGGCCAGCGUCAGCAGCUUGCUGACCAUCACCAUCGACCGCUACCUGUCCCUCUACAAUGCCCUGACCUACUACUCGGAGAAGACGGUCACCAGGACUUACAUCAUGUUGAUCCUCACCUGGGGAGCCUCCAUCUGCUACGGGCUCCUGCCCAUCAUGGGCUGGAACUGCCUGAAGGAGCCCUCCACCUGCAGCAUCGUCAAGCCCCUGACGAAGAACCACCUCAUCAUCCUCUCCGUCUCCUUCUUCAUGGUCUUUGCGGUGAUGCUCCAGCUCUACGUGCAGAUCUGUAAGAUCGUCUGCCGGCACGCCCACCAGAUCGCCGUCCAGAGACAUUUCCUGGCCAGUUCCCACUACGUCACCACCCGAAAAGGCAUCGCCACCUUGGCCGUCAUCCUGGGCACCUUCGCUUCGUGCUGGCUGCCCUUCGCCAUUUACUGUCUCCUGGGGGAUUACAGCUACCCGGCCCUCUACACCUACGUCACCCUCCUCCCCGCCACCUACAACUCCAUGAUCAACCCCGUCAUUUACGCCUUCAGGAACCAGGAGAUCCAGAAAGUGCUGUGGACCGUGUGCUGCGGGUGCUUCUCCUCCACCAUGCCUUUCCGGUCCCGCUCCCCCAGUGACGUCUGACACGUCGUCCCCCCCCUCCCCAGCCUCUCUGCACCUUUCACUUACCGAUUGCAGUUGGGGGAUUUUCUUUUUUUUUUUUUUCCCCCUUUUCAUUCCCAGAGACACAUCGCAGGAGCUCUCAGAAGCAAGCAGCUCUUCCCAGCCCCGUCCUUUUGGGCACAACCCCUUCUCUUCCUCUAUUUUUCCACUUUUUGAAUUUACAGGAGAGAAAAACAUAUUUUUUAUCCAUAAUAUAACCUAUAUUUAUGCGUGCGCGCGUGAGAGAGAAGGGAGAUAUCCUCAUAUUUUCUUUAAAACUAUUUAUGAUGCUUUAUUUUUUUAAGGGGGGGUGAUACCAGGAACAUUCGCUCCCCUCUUGCUUUUUUUACAGCCUCAUUAUUUACCUCAGAUAGUUAAAAUAUAUUUUGUACGUUUGGGGGAGGGGGGGAGACUCACUUGCCGGAGGAGGAGGGACUCAAACCCACCCCCUUCUCCCAGCUGUUCAUCCAUUUAUUUAUUAUUUUUUAAUUAUUAUUUAAUAUGAUUUUAAUGCCGCCCUCCCGCCGGCCCAGCGCUGGGGCUUGCUGCCCUCUAGUGCUCGCUGCCUUUGGGCAGAGGGUGCUGCCGGAGGCUCUGCACCCCCAAACCCAGCAGCUUUGGGGGCCCCUGGGUACUGCCCCCCCUCCCCAUGGCACCCAGGGGUGCCCCCCCCCCCGCCAAAGCCUUUAUUUGGAUUUGCACAUUUUUUGGGUGGGUGGGGGAGAUGGAUGCGAAGAGGCCCCUUGGGAUG